AUGGAUAACAAAAAGGUAAUUGAGGCGACUAAAGCCUUGCAAAAGUAUCUUAAAGAUAAAUCCAAGGAGACUUCAGAGAAAUCCCAGCUGUUUGAAGACAGCGAUGCUGAGCCGUUGUACCUCGUAGUGACUGCCAAGCGCUAUUUUUCAGAGCAGAAGAACCUGCGUCCUAAACUGAUCAAAGUGCCCCAUAGCGUGUGGCCGGAGAACGAAAAGCCUCGCAUUUGCUUGUUUAGCCGUGAUCCUCAGCGGGCUUAUAAGGAUGCUUUGUAUGCUGGUGAAAACGGACCGAAGAUUGUUGACCGGGUGGUUGGUCUGUCGAAGCUCAAGGGCAAAUUUAAGCGCUACGAGGCUCGUCGUGCCCUCAAAAAUGACUUUGAUUUGUUUUUGACCGAGCCAGAAGUCGCUCCUUCGUUGCCUACUGUCUUGGGCAAAUCCUUCUACGGAUCCCAGGUUAAAACCCCCAUUACUGUUUCCGUCCGCCAGGGAGACAAAAUUGAUCGUGAUCUGGCACAAAAAGAGAUCGAGCAGGUUCUUGAGUCUACUGUUUUCCUCAAGCCCGGGUCCACGUUAGUUCUCAUCCGGGUUGGUUUGACUGAUUCCAAACCCAAGCAUGUUGCUGAGAACGUCAAGGCCGUUGUUGAUUAUUUGGUUGAAAAUGUUCUUGAUGAGAGCAUGGCCGGUAUUCGCACCCUUUCCAUCAAGACGUCACAGAGUCCUGCCCUCCCCAUUUAUUACACUGAGAAGAUCUAUGAUGAAGCCGACAUUGGUGCCUUGGAAGAUAACGACGAGAGCGAGUCUGCCAAACGCAAGGCUGAGGAGCAGCACCUGGAUGAGCUGCUCAAGGAGGUUGUUGACGAAGACGAGAUCAAAGAGUACAACCGGGAACAGAAGCGUCGUAAGCGCAAGGGUGCCGCUGCCGCUGGUGAAGAGGGUGAUGAAGAAGCCAACGAGGACGCCGAGGAAGAGGAAAACUCCGAGUAA